UUACUGUGUGCUAGCUUGAUUUGAUUUCAACUCUCAAAUCCUAAUAAAAGAAGAAAAGAAAGAUCUCUUUUCUCUCAUAAAGAGAGAAAUAUUGCAAGUACCUCUCUUUACAUAGUUUAUAUAUACUGAACAUAAUAAAUAUGAAUCAACUUGCUCUUCUUGAAUCAGAAUUUGUUGAAGUUGAUCCAACCGGAAGAUAUGGAAGGUACAAAGAUAUCCUUGGCAGAGGAGCUUCAAAAACAGUGUACAGAGCUUUUGAUGAAUACGAAGGGAUUGAAGUUGCUUGGAACCAAAUCAAGCUAUAUGAUUUCUUACAAAGUCCUGAAGAUCUUGAGAGAUUGUACUCUGAGAUUCAUCUUCUUAAGACUUUGAACCAUAAGAAUAUAAUGAAAUUUUAUUCUUCAUGGGUUGAUACUACAAACAGAAACAUAAAUUUCAUUACUGAAAUGUUUACUUCUGGAACUCUCAGACAGUAUAGACACACUCAUAAGAGGGUUAACAUUAGAGCAGUAAAGCAUUGGUGUCGACAGAUCCUGAAAGGACUAGUCUAUCUACAUAGUCAUGAACCUCCGGUGAUCCAUAGAGAUCUCAAAUGUGAUAACAUCUUUGUUAAUGGCAACCAAGGAGUAGUUAAAAUUGGCGAUCUCGGACUCGCCGCAAUCCUCCGAAAAUCCAAUGUUGCUAAUUGUGUUGGAACACCAGAAUUCAUGGCACCAGAAGUUUAUGAAGAGGAAUAUAAUGAACUGAUUGAUAUUUAUUCUUUUGGGAUGUGUAUAUUGGAAAUGAUAACUUUUGAAUAUCCUUACAGUGAAUGCACACAUCCUGCACAAAUCUACAAGAAAGUUAUCUCUGGGAAAAAACCAGCUGCGUUAUACAAAGUGAAGAACCCUGAAGUGAGGAGAUUCAUUGAGAAAUGUUUGGUGGCUGCUUCGCGGAGACUCUCGGCAAGAGAGCUGCUUAAUGACCCAUUUCUCCGAAUUGAUGAUUAUGGUGCUGAUUUGAAGUUAUUAGAGUAUGAGAGGGAAACUGAUGAUAUUAGUCCUCCAUUUUUAUAUCAACCGAACUUUGAAUUCCGUAGUAAUACUAGUUCACUGAAUGGAUAUUCUAAUGAUUUUGAUUUUGGACUGCCUCUUGAACAUCAAAAUUCAUGGGAAUACAAUCCUAUUGAGAAUGAACGGAGUGGUAUCGAACUGUUCAAUUACCAUGAAGAUGAGAAACAACAGAAGGUUGACAUUACAAUCAAAGGAAAGAAAAGAGAAGAUGGUGGGAUCUUCUUAAGGCUUAGAAUUACAGAUAAAGAAGGCCGGGUUCGAAAUAUCUACUUCCCUUUCGACAUUGAAACUGAUACAGCUUUGGGUGUUGCAACCGAAAUGGUUGCAGAACUAGAUAUAACGGACCACGACGAGACUACAAUAGCAUAUAUGAUAGACAAAGAACUUGCUUCCUUGGUACCCGACUGGAAACUAGCGGAGAAUCGAUACUUCGGAAAUGCAAAUUUCUGUGAAAAUUGUGCCUCAAAUCGAUCUUCUAUCGGUUCUCUAAUGGAAUAUCUUACCUCAAACGACCAAGGUUCCAAGAACUUGAAAUUUUUGCAAUGUUCAACAAAUGGGUGUGCAGCUAUGCGCGGUAGAUUUGGAGAAAUCACGAGCCAAGUAGAAGGGUCAGAGCCCGCUAUCACAGCAGGAGCAAUACUUUCACAAGAAUUCGGGGAGCACCAUGGACAUGAUAACACAACAAAGUAUGAAAAUGUCAGUGAUAAAGAUAGUGUGAGUUUUGCCGAUUAUAGUGAACCCAAUACAAGAAGUUCUUCCCCUGCAGAUCCAUCACCAAGUUGUGAAUACUUGGAUAAUAAUGAAAACGAGAUCAGACAAGAAUUCAGAUGGCUAAAAGCCAUGUAUCAAAUGGAAUUAAGAGAUCUUAAAUAUCAACAGAUUGUAAGAAAGUCGGAAGCUCUCAGUCUUGGAUCACCCGGUUUUGAUAAUAGCAGGGAAGUCAAGGUGAUGAGAAAUCAUUUUAGAGGUUCUUCAUAUUCGUCUGAAGUACAUAGAGAGAAGAAUAAACUUCUCUGUAAUUACUCGCUUCGUAGGUCCACUUCUCUUCUAGUUGAUGCUAUUGAUGUUUAAAUUUCUGUUCAGUUCUCCCUUUACAUUUUUGUUGUUAAAAAAUACAAGGGAAAACCCAAAUGUUUCAUCACAAACUAAACUUCAUCAAUUUCUGUAAUGGACAUCACAUUGUAUUUUUAUGUAAUAUUCCAAAGGUGUAAGUUUACGUUUGUCA